ACCGCCCCGAGGAAGCGCAGCUUCUGCCCAGCCCAGUUCGAUUCCUAAGCUGGAGUCCCCGGAACAGAAGCUGGAGCCUCUUUGCCUCUCCCCUGCCUCUUUCCCGCCCUCGGCAGGAUUACAGGAGGUCCUACGGCCCGGGAUGUGAGCUGGGCUCCCCUCCAUCCUCUGCCAUGGCAGCCUCAGGAACCCCCAGGAGCUGUGAUAUCUUAAUUGUCCACAGUUUAGAUGCCCAAGAAUGGUGUCAGUAUCUGCAGAAUCUUUUCCUUUCAAGUUGUCAGAUUCGGAACCAGCACAUCUUGACCUAUGAACUGAGACACGGGGCUGCCAUCUCCACUAGAGACCUGACCCUCUUCCUUAACAGUCGAUGUAUCAUUGUACUCCUAUCAUUUGAACUAGUCCAGAACUUUUAUCAACCUGACGUGCUCUCCAGCCUUCAGAAUGCCCUGUGCCCUCCCCAUAGGGUGUUGAAGCUGUUCUGUGGAGUAGACGACUGUGAAGAUUUCUCGGGAUUCUUUGAGGACUGGGCUUGUUGGCAGGAGCUCACUUAUGAAGAUGAGCCUGAAAUCUAUGUGGCUGCAGUGAAGAAGGCUUUUUCAGAAGAUUCUGGCUGUGACUCCAUCACGGACACCGAGGCCGAAGACGAAAAGACCCUUCCUUGCUCUAAGCAUAUUUCCUCUACUCAGAAGAACUGGCACCAGGAGACCACACCAGGGAACCUAAUGGUGGUGCAGCCAGACCGAAUUCGUUGUGGGGCUCACACAAUAGUUUAUGUUAUUGUGAAAUGCAAGCUGGAUAGCCAAGUGAAAACAGAAGCCGAAUUUUCUCCUGAGAACUCCCCUUCAGUACGCAUGGUUGCCAAGUUGGAGAAUGAAUACACAGUUUCUAUAAAGGCGCCUGAUUUAUCUUCAGGAGAUGUUUCUCUGAAGGUCUAUUCAGGUGACCUAGUGGUAUGUGAAGCAACUGUCCACUAUUAUACUGACAUGGAGGAAAUUGGAAACCUGUUGGCCGGUGCAGCCAAUCCCGUAGAGUUCAUGUGCCAGGCCUUUAAAAUUGUGCCCUACAACAUUGAAACCCUUGAUAAGCUUCUAACUGAGUCUCUGAAGAAGAAUAUUCCUGCAAGCGGGCUGCAUCUGUUUGGGAUCAACCAGUUAGAAGAAGAAGAUAUGAUGACCACUCAGCGGGAUGAGGAGCUGCCCACCUUGCUUCAUUUUGCUGCAAAGUACGGACUGAAGAACCUCACGGCCCUGCUGCUGACCUGCCCUGGAGCUUUACAAGCCUAUAGCGUGGCCAACAAUCACGGUCACUACCCCAACACCAUUGCUGAGAAGCACGGCUACAGGGACCUGCGGCAGUUCAUCGACGAAUAUGUGGAAACGGUGGACAUGCUGAAGAGUCACAUUAAGGAAGAGUUAAUGCAAGGGGAGGAGGAUGACUCCAUGUAUGAGUCAAUGGCCCACCUUUCCACAGACUUGCUGAUGAAAUGUUCCCUCAAUCCUGGCUGCGAUGAGGAACUGUAUGAGUCCAUGGCUGCUCUGUCUCCAGCAUCCACGGAGGAUCUUUAUGUAGAGAUGCUCCAGUCCAGUGCAUCUAACGCGAAAUCCGCAGACUCUUUUCCCGUAGCCACCAAAGACUCCAUCAUUCGCAAAUUCUUGGAAGGCAACAAUGUAGAAGCACCUCGUUUGGAGAGAGACUCUUGCCCUGGUGAUGGGGAUGAAGAUGUUUACCACACAGUUGAAGAUGAUAGUGCCUUUUCUAUGGAUCUUGCCAACAGACCCCCAGUGCCUGUGCCCAGGCCGGAGGCCAGUCCUCAUGCCAGUCACCAGAUGUCCCAGAGUGAACCAUAUAUUUCUAAAGUAUUUGCAGAUAAAAGUCAGGAGAGGCCUGGAAAUUUGUAUAUUUCUUCUGAGUUCAUGAGAAAAGAAUCAUUGGUCAGGCCGUGGAGGGACAGACCUCAGUCAAGCAUCUAUGAUCCAUUUGCUGGCAUGAAAACUCCUGGCCAGAGACAGCUCAUCACUUUACAGGAACAAGUAAAACUGGGCAUUGUUAACGUGGAUGAGGCUGUUCUCCAUUUCAAGGAGUGGCAACUGAAUCAGAAGAAGAGAUCAGAGUCCUUUCGCUUUCAGCAGGAAAAUCUUAAACGGUUACGAGACAGCAUAACUCGAAGACAACUAGAGAAGCAAAAAUCCGGGAAACAAUCAGACUUAGAGAUCACGGUUCCUAUUAGACAUUCUCAGCAACUCUCUGGAAAAGUAGAGUACGGAAUCUACGAAAGUGGCCCCAGGAAGAGCAUCUUACCACCAAAAAGCACAUUACGCCGAGGCGACUGGAAAACAGAAAGUACUUCGAGUACAUCAAGUAGCAAUAGUAACCGUUCCAGCACACGAAGUGUCCUCAGUGUCAGCAGUGGGAUGGAAGGUGACAAUGAGGACAGUGAAUUCCCGGAAGUUAACAGAAGCCGUAGCCCAGGUCCCCAGCACAUGGAGAGAGCCCCCUUCAAGUCACUGGAAAGGCCUCCCAGGAUACCUCCGCGAGCUGCCUCACACAGGCCUCCAAGUAGAGAGAAUUUCCAUCCUCCUCCACCUGUUCCACCAAGAGGCCGCUGACUCCUCCUCUACCAUCUUCUUUAAAUAGGACUUUGGAAGAAAAGCAAGCGAUUUCCAGCUCCUUAAUGAUGUCAUCACUGACUUAAUGUUGGAUUGUACUGAUAUUUCUCCUGGCCUUAAGAUAUAUAACAAGGUCAGACUGGGCUGUCUGAAGAAGGCACUCCUUUGCUGCCAAGGACUGGGAAGCCAGGAACUUCAUUUCCUCUUAAACAAGCUGAGUGAGAAGUUCCUUUGUUCCCUAGAAGACAGAAGACUUGGUUGGAAUAUGUGCCUUUCAUUAGGGGAUCUAAAAAAACCCUCUAAGAAUAUUCAUAAAAAUGUGUUUUUAAAAUUUA